AUGAAUGCAAGCAUUCUUACAAAGGCAGCGGCCCCGGGCCGUCUGCUGUCCAGCCGUAUUUCUAGGCAAUCCAAGCUCAAGGACUCUGUCUGCAAACGCGCCCGAAUCCACACCGUCACUUGUACAGUUAGACCCACGAAGCCUCUAGCUUCCCGGGUGACAUCUCGAGCUCCCUCAUCCAAACGUGCAUUCCAUGCGACAUCCACCACCCUCGCACCGAGCGACCCCUACAAGACCUUGGGUGUUGACAAAUCAGCAUCUGCGGGCGACAUCAAGAAGGCAUACUACGGCCUAGCAAAGAAAUACCACCCCGACACGAACAAGGAUGCCGGAGCGAAGGAGAAGUUUGGCGAGAUCCAGAGCGCAUACGAGAUCCUAUCCGACCCCAAGAAGAAGCAGCAAUUCGACCAGUACGGCGCUGCCGGCUUCGACCCCAGCGGCGGCGGCGACCCGUUCGGAGGCGCUGGCAACCCAUUCGGCGGCGGGUUCGGAGGGCAGGGAGGCUUCGGCGGCGCCGGCGGCUUCAACUUUGACGACAUCUUCUCCGCCUUCACGGGCGGCCAAGGAUUUGGACGCCGCGGCGGCGGCGGUGCCGGUAGAGGACAGAACCCCUUCCAGCAGGAAAUCCUGGUGGGCGACAACAUCGAGGUGCAGUCGAGCAUAUCCUUCAUGGAAGCGGCCAAGGGAACGAGCAAGACGAUCACGGUGACGCCCCUGACGGAGUGCGGGACGUGUACAGGCAGCGGACUCAAGCAGGGCACAAAGAGGUCGGCGUGCAAGUCGUGCAACGGAACGGGCACCCGGGUGCACUUCAUGAACGGCGGAUUCCAGAUGGCUUCGACGUGCGGGAGCUGCGGCGGGACGGGCACGACGAUCCCUCGCGGGUCAGAGUGCAGGUCGUGUGCGGGCAACGGCGUCGUGAGGGAGCGCAAGACUAUUACGGUCGAUAUCCCCGCCGGCAUCGAGGAUGGGAUGCGGCUGCGCGUCGACGGCGCGGGCGACGCGCCUGUCACGGGCAAGAACGCCGAGGCUGACAUGCGGACGCAAAAGGGCGACCUCUACGUCUUUGUGCGCGUCGCGACGGAUCCGAAAUUUCGUCGUGCGGGUUCUGAUAUCUUGUACACGGCCAGCAUCCCCAUCACGACGGCGAUGCUCGGUGGCGAGGUCACGGUGCCGACGCUUGAUGGGCAGGUCAAUGUCAAGGUGGCGACGGGAACAAACACGGGCGACAAGCUGACGCUUUCCGGCAUGGGCAUGAAGAAGCUCAACGGCAGAAGGGGCGGCUCCGGCGACCUCAAGGUGGAGUUCCGGGUGAAUAUGCCCAAGUACCUGAGCGCGAAUCAGCGUACGCUGGUGGAGAUGCUGGCGAACGAGAUGGGAGACAAGACGGCGCGGAAGAUUAUGAACGUCACUCCUCAGGGUCCUAGAUCUAGGACACCUCGAACGCCCCGUUUUGUACUAAUUCCCGAAAGUAGAACCCAGCCAGCUUCGCCCGACGACUCCGAGACCCACAAGAACGAGGGCUUUCUCAAGUCCAUGUGGCACACCCUGACGAACCACCCAGCUCACCAGAAGCCCGGUGAUGAUGCAGCAGACAAGUCGACAACGGAGAAGAAGACGGACGAGAAGAAGGACGAGUCAAAGUAGGACUCUGGCUGAUCCUUUUGAGUCCGGAGUUGAGUAGUAGUCCUUGUACCAUAUCUCGGGCCUCCCUGCGCGGCCUGGCCUUGGCGGUGUAGACGCGAAACUUUCUUCCCGGUUCGGUCAUAGAAGAAACGGAAAGUAUUGGAGGAUCUUGCAUGGCAGGUGUUUACAAAGGUUUUUGUUUCUGGCUUCUCAUCUUGUUCUUUUAUAACCCCGAUGUUUCGUCGGCAGAAAAGAGAGGGGAAGGGGAGGUUGCCAGCCCAUGUUUGUUUGGUUUAUGGAGAAAGCCUCAUUGCUUUGCUCGAUUGUAUUAUUCACAUGACUUAGAAAAGUGUACAGUGUAGUAUUAGACCAUAGGAGAAGAGAGAA